AUGUUUAGAUUUCGACCUGAGAUCACACAAGAGCACAAAGACACAUUUCAACGGGAACUCAAGAAGCUGAAGAACCUAUCUUGCGUCAAGGAUCAUCGUUUACUGGUCGGUGGGCCAUCAGUUACAGAUCCGAUAUCACGCAGUCAAGGCUACCAUUAUUGCCUGGUCAGCUAUCAUCACAAUCUGAAAGCAUUGGAAGAGUACCAGGCCAGUAAAGAGCACCAUGAGGUGACGAGCAAGUUUAUGUGGCCGUUUAUAGACAACGUCUGCAGGUUCGACUUUGAAGUUUCGCCAGAAGAUGAAUACAUGGUUUCCAAUGUGACGCGAGGCUUCGGUCAAGAAAGUCUGACCAGCAGUGAUUCUGGAAGCGUCAACAACUCGACGUGA